AUGUCAUCAUCAGAGAAAGAACCCGUCCCUUUGGAAGAAAAUGCUACUUUAAAAUCGAUUUUGCUUGCCGCCGGUGACCAAGAUCCUUUUGUUUAUCAACCGUUUACGGCCCACGAAAAAAAAAAAAACCGCAACAAAUCAUGCUCGGUGGUAGUAGUGGUGGCCUCUUUUCUUCUCCCGGUUCCUUCAUCGCUCCUCGAGACGACGAGGAUAACAACAACAACAACGUCGAAGUCGUAUCGAACGAUACGAAAUACUAUCACUACUCUCGAUACGAAUCUUUCAAAAAGAGUCGCGGACGUCUCCUCUUUGAGUGUAAACGGUGCUGCGGUGGCGAAGGAGAAAAGAUUCCGGCGAAAGACUUUGAAAACCAUUAUAAACGACAACACGGACAAGAUCCGGUCCUUCGUUGCGUUUGCUGCCAGUGAAACAGCUGCCAGUGGUAUGCUGCUAGUAACAAGUGCAGCUUCCGAACAUUCUUCUGCAAGUUCUGGACAAGACAUCACAAAGCAAGAAAAUAUUCAACCUGCAAUACAACCACAACCCGUUAAUCCCUCUGAAAACUGGGAAACGACUGCGUUGCACGAUGCAGUGGAUGACAGAGACUUGGUGGCUCAGGAAGCUGCUGGAGGAAGGAUUGGCACAAGGGCCAAGGGUAAGACUGGAUUGACGCCCCUUCACGCUGCUAUGAUGGGCAAGAGGCAGAAGGAAGCCGAAAUAUUGGUUCAUGCCAGGUGCAUUACCGCAAUCCACGACGAUGAUGGGUACACACCUCUGCAGAUCGCAUUAAAGAGAGGGAUCAUAGGUGUGAUGACGGAACUGAUCGCCGGCGGAGCUGACACAGCUCAGAAAGAUCGCCAGGGACGGACUUUCCUUCAUAUGGCCCUACAGCAUUGUGAGGAGGCUGCGGCAGAGAUGCUUGCUGGUGGGGGCCAUCCCCGAUUUGAACGUCCCAGACAGUCAAAGGCGAACCCCCUGCCUUGGGCUGGGAGAAACGGGUACGUGCAGAUCGCAAGACAGUUGCUGGUGAGGAAUGCAAUUCCACACAUGGAUACGCAUUCAGAAAUAUACCCCCUUCUGCUCUGUGGGUAG